AUGACGAGAAUUUCAGGAUCAUGUCAGGAUCAGAACGAUAUAAUCCAGAAUGUUUGUCAGAUUUAUCAGACAGUGGAAAGUGAGCGCGCGUUUCCACGACGCACCGCAUUGAUUCGUCACAGUUCACCACUUCAUCCGUUCAGUAUCUGCAAUCCGAACUUCGACGGCCACGAGCAGUGCAUUCCGUUCGUCCUGGAUUACGUGCCAUCCGGAUUAGCACCGCCAACAAUGGCGCAUCACUACUACUACAUGCUCGUUCGCAAUGCGCAGAUUCCUGGUUCGCUGAAAGAUACUGUGUAUCGUGAGUUGUACGAUACGGCCCCGCCGCAUCUCUCGACGAAGUACGAGCAGCUGCAAAACCGUUUCGGCUUAGCCCCUCCAAACGACUGUCGUAUGCUCAUGUUUGCCGUUCUGGAUUUCUGGAUCCAGCGUUGCAGGCUGGUGAAGUUCUGUCUGGACGCAACGAUGUUGCUUCCAAUACGCUUGGAAUGGGUAAACCCAAUUUUUGAAGGUACACGAUUUCGACCCUCUUCCGCAGCAAACAAAGUUUGGGAGUGCGGUACAGAAGUCGAUGAAUACGGUUGGGCAGUGGAGAUGAUACGUGCUGAACGAAUGCUUGCGUUCACCGAAAAUUGCCCUUUAAUCUUCAUCGGAGACAAUACUUCGGGUCGUCUGGUGCGUUAUCUGGAAUGGGGUAAGAGACUGGGCGAUUUUGAGGGACGAUUCCGGCGACGUUUCGAGAAUGCGGAGUUCCCGUUCAUGGAAUGCGAACGGAUGUCUGUGCUGGCACGCAUGCUUCAGAAAAUACAUUUCGGUAAUGGUUGCCUGGCUGUGGUACUAACAUCAGGAGCUCAUGAGCUUGCUGAAAACAUGGCUCCCAGAAAAUAUGCUGAAUUGCUGGAUACAGUCCUGGCCUACUUGAUGCAGUUCCAGUUGCGUAUCAUCGUCACACCGCCAACCCCGUGCACGAGGAAUGCAUCACUGUGGCUCAGAUACGUGGAGGAGCAACGUGAGUUGUGCAGUAAGUUCACCGAAAUUGAAUUCUUAGUUGCUCCAAAUCUUCGAGCUGGUGAUGAGAGACGUUCCUUUUUGGAUGCAUUACUGAUGGGCAGUCACUCGAUGGAUGAAUAUACGUGCGAUUCGGGCACAGGCUUCACCGAUUAUGGAAUCAAGAAGCUGAGCUUUUUCUUAGUUGAAGUGCUUCACAUACCGAAAACUGAAACUAAUGAGUACAGUCGAGGGAACGGAAGAUCGAUGGGUAGAGCAGCGCAGUACGAUGAAUACCAUGGUGCAGCUAAUAGGUUUCAUAUGAUCAAUAAGCCAUCAAAAAUGCGCUUUACGGAAGCACAGAAGCAGGGCUGGUUUCCACCAAGUCUGGAUUAUGAGCCACUAGAUGACGGGCCGUCGUCAUACGGUUUUGAAAAUUCCAGGAGAAAUUUCACGGCUUCUGAAAGAGCAUUUGAGCAGGCGACAAAGUACUCGGGGCUGGCUGGCUAUGGACCGUACGCUGACUUGCCACCGAACUUGCUACCGAAACGUCGUCGCAGAAAGAAGACAGAAAAGAUGGAAGAAGCGGAAACUGAGGCAGGGCCCGGCCCGUAUGAGUUGAGCUACCGAUCGUCGAGUAAAGCACGACGUGAACGGCGAAUACGGGCACGUGCGCGUGCUGCCGCUAUUGUUGGCGAGUAG